CACAUUGGAAGAAGAUCCCUGGCUGGGAGGCCUUGUUAGAGUGGUUUGCAGUGAGUGUUAUUGUUGAAACUUAGCAUUCUCUCACUGAGCUGGAAACUUGUCUCCCAUCGGCCCAUCACAUUUCGAUUCAGCACAGGUCCCCUGCCAACUGUAUUAUACAGUUGCAUUAUCCCCCAUCCCCUGCCACAAUGCGCUAAGGGCGUGGGAGCUAGGAGUUCAGCGCUAAAUUGAGAGAAAUAGGGGCAAAGAGCGAGAAACAUUACAUAUGAUGGCUCAGAUGGAAGAUGCGCGAGAUUGACAUACGGGAGGUAGAACGAGAAAACCCAAGGCUCAAGUGUCGAAGUCGCUGAGGAACGACGGGCAAGCUGGGUGAUACUGCAAACCGCAUCGAGCGUCUAGGAACGAUGGGAUGAGCAACGAUGGUUAUGGUGAUUUUGGCAACGAGGACAUAUUCAAAGCAUUGAUGCCAAGCCGCUUCAUCAAGUCCCUAGAGCAAUGACGAACUGGUGAAUGUUGGACAAUGGACGAUGCGCGAGAUGGGCCGCUUCCCAUACUCAGAUUGGGUGCCCCAUUGUAUGGGCGGCACCGCAGCCAGUUCUGUCCCACUGCUGAAAGACCUGGAACAUCCAUGACCCCUAAGGCCAGGCCAAAAACCGCCGUGUCACGCGACCUAAUUUGUGCAGCUGAGGCGCCCAAAUCGCAGGGCUGCUGGAAAGAAAGGCCUGCCGAAAACUGGAGCAGCCCACUUAUUUACCGAACCGAUGGAAGCCCCAAUUGCUUCCAUUCUUCGAACGGCAACUACCUCGGCAUGAGGUACAGAGCAAAUUCUUCAAGGCAAGAAACAUUCAACGAAUCGCUGGCCCCUACCUGCAUGUCGAGUCAGGGGUGUCAGGCCAAGCAUUCAUGUGGAAGCGAUCAUGAGAUCCCCACGAUGCGGCGUCGUGCACGGUUGGAGGUAGAGACCAAUUCGAGCCACUGGCAGCCUGUCUUCGCCCACCAUCAGCCUCAAAUGCGUGUCUUUGAGUUGCUACUAAGCCUUCCUUGGACAAGCCACCACACGCUGGAUAUUGAGAAUCGGAUUGGGCUUUGUGGGCCGGCACAGCUAGAUCUCACACCAUGGCAGGCUAGGGAGACUAGAAGCCUAGAACAUCGUCUACUGCAGCGAAGGCUUGCGAGGUGGUCUGAUGUCGAUCGCUCUGUGGGACUACAGUACACCAUCCAGCCUCCCCCGAUAACGCCCACUGGCUCGCCGCCUGCAGUUUUAUAUACGAACUGGAGACAAGCGUUCUUUGAUGAUGACCGUCGCCGUGUCCGAGUGUGGGUCCGGGGCCGAAUGAGACGGCUUGGAGAUGUCAAGCUUGUUAACAAUGCAAAAGAGCCUGAAAGUUUCAAUCCCCGGCUUCCAGCCCUCCGCCAGGGCCCCCUGGCCAUCAACUGGCCUCCUUUCGAUCUUCGCAAAUCGACUCUUGCCGGUGGCGGAUUCCAAUGCUACGCCAAGUCCUACUGUGUUUUGCUGAAGACCAGCGGCGAAGCAUCUGACACAACAUAUCGUGCAAUCAUUCCAAAAGGAUGGAUUCCUAUUGAGCUCAGGAGAAACAAGGACAGGGGUCUAUCGACCAUCAACACCAGGACGGAAUGGCGGGAACCCUGGGAUCUGGCUUGCUGUGGGGCGGAUUCGACAGUGCGAUCGUCUGAUCCCAGGGCGCCGUGCGCUAGUGAGAUCCUGCCCGUCCCGGGAGCACACCACACCGCUUUCAGUGCUUCCAUACACCCCUUUUUCGUGAGGGUAAAACCGAAGGCCUUCUGGAUGAUUGACGUUAACAAGUAUAGAUGCAAGCAAUAUGGAUAA